AUGGACGGUGAGAGAGCACGUCAACCAGCAAACAUCAAGCUCGUUGAAAUUGAUCUAGAAUGCACCCAAGAAGUCGAAUUCGUGUCCCUGCUUAAAGCCCUGCUCGCGAAGAUGUUGCUCGGUGUCUCUGCUGACGGGGAGGAUACGGCGGCCUUGGACACAGCCAAAUCCGAGGCCAAUCAGCUAUUUGACGAGAUGCUCAAAGAUGCCAUAGAUUUCUGCAAUUCUAAUCUUCUGACGUCCGCGUCAGCCAAGUCCUCGCUGCGGUCGAAGUUGUCACAAAAAAUGAAAUCCCACCUCAAGGACUUCUGCCAGGGAAAGUCCGAGACGGAUCGCUGCCUCCCGAUCUCCAUGGCCAUAAAUACCAUUAUGCUUGAGUAUGGUGGGCGCCUUUUUGGCCGGCUACUAUGCUUAAGCGGCGAUGACCAAGUCAUUGUUAUUCCAAAUGAUCCUCUGGUCAUCGAAUCCAUGCAAAUCAUGCAGGACUCACCAACCACGAAGCACAAGCCCGAUAACAUCAUCGUCCAAAUAUCCCACCUCGUAGAGCUCUACGAUACGUGCAAAGAUUUCGAUUAUCAAUUUUGGGUAGACUCGGUUGAGACCGAGUCUAAGGAAUGGAAGCAAGCACGGAAAGGCGCUGACGAAAAGACAAGUUGGCGGGACAUUCAUUGUUCCCUCGAGUUGAGGGCGCUCAGAAUCAUCGGGACUUCUUCCACUCCUGCAUCUGAUGUUCUCCAGUCUAGUGGCCACAAAAGCGAAAGUGAACGUCAAUUGGCCAGUCAAGCUUCGGGUUCUUCCAUUGGGGCUGCUUCCUCCCACAGCUGUGAGAAGAAGCGUAGUUACGCGGAGGCGGUGGGGUCAGAGUAUGCAGCUGAAAUGACAUCCUCGCAGAAGAAGCGCAAGAUAUUGUACCCCGAUCUACCCUACAUUACCACAGAGACUCAUCUUCGCUGGUAUGAUUCCGAGGGCUGCAUCAUGACACAACCUAUCGACAUCAUCGGACAACUUCCACUGUUUGUGGUGCUGGUCAUUAUUCUCCAGCGGUUUGACGCUGCAAUGUGGGGAUUCUCUGAUAUCCAGAUAUCUCAAACGACAGAGAACGGACCAGUCUCAUUUUACCUCAAGUCCGACAAAGCAAAGGGAACACGUUUCCAACUUGUGGGACGCCGAACGUUCGGUGCAGAUGUACGGAUGUCAGACGAUGUAAAUAUCACUCCAACUCCAGUUGUUUCAUUGACCUCUGUUCCAUCUGUGGUUAACUCUCAUGUUCUUGACGGCUCCGAGCAGUUCAUCACUCCUCAAGGGCCCCACAAUGCAUCAUCUAAUGGUCCCAUUACCACCCUAGCACCCCCCAGACCUAGUUCCAUCCCCAACGCCUCGAAUACUCCUCAAAACACAUCGUCGGGAAGUUCUCCAGUACGGCAACAAAGCUCCCAGAAUAUUCCCUCCGACCUUCCAGGUUCGAUUGGUAGGAAUCCGCAGCCUUUAUUCUUCAAAGCAGCGUGGCCGGAGAAUUCUCAAAAUCGGGAGCCCCAGAUCAUCGAAGAGGCUAUUUCUAGGGCGAAUCAAUAUCUUGGCGAAUUCAAGGCGUAUGUCCUUGGGCACAUUCCGACGGUCAUUAGCUGGCAAGAGGUGAAGUUUACAUCGACUGGCAUCAUUCGUCUACUCCUCGAUCUCAGUGCUAAGCGCUCACGCACCCUGCUCUGGAUGGUUUGUCACAAACUAGACCGUAUCGAGGACAUUCUCAAACUAGACCCUAACAAGGACCUUAAAGCACAGGCAUCCUGGAAGGCAUUCUGGGAGCUCAUCCGUUGCCAUUAUCUGCUCUGGCGCAUCGGCAUAGCGCAUGGCGAUAUCAGUAUCAACAAUUUGAUGUACAAUGCCGUUACCAAGAAGGCAAUCCUGAACGACUUUGAUCUGGCUGCCGUCAUGAAACCUGGAGGCAUAUCACCACAGAAAAAAGGCGUUGAGCGGACGGGGACGAGACCGUUCAUGGCACUGGAACUGCUGGACAAGGCCGACGGUGAGGUUCGGCGGAGGUAUCCGCAUAACCUUGAAUCCUUUGCCUGGUGCCUCCUCUGGCGUGCAAUGAAUGACUCAUUCCCCAAGAAGGCAAUUCAUGGGUCAACCACAGACGACCUUGAAUCCAAAGCUUGGUUGGGUGGUCGUGUUCUGGAGCGCACUGCUAAACCGGGCUUUGGACCAAUAUGGAAGAUGACCCACAAUUGGACUGGGUAG